GGAACCAGCCAAAGCAUAUUGCCACGAGGACGUCGUACCGGGGCCGGUGACCACGAAGCUCCCCCGGCCUUGCCCACGUGUCACCUCACCAGGCCUCCACGUCCUUCCCCUGCCACCCCCGAAACACUCUGUUCUGUUCCAUUCUGUUCUGUUCAAUUCAACAUCUCCCUCCUCUCUCUCUCUCUCUCUCUCUUUCUCUGUAACAGAACAGAUGAACAGAUAUUCAUCGUCGUCUUCAUCAUCUUCGAUCCACCAUCGUCAUCCUCUUCUUAUGCUUCUCCUUCCUUCUUCCCUUUCUUGAAGAACUUGGUUGGGCUAUGGGGUAUGCGUUUAGAAGAAGGGGCCUGCUGGUGUUGUUGCAGCGGGGAUCGGAGGGAUUGAUCAAUGGGAGUGAGACCGCAUUGCACGACAACUGGUGGGACCGGAUCGACGAGUCCGAGGAUUGGCAACGCGGGGUUUACUACGCCCUUUGCGCCUCCUACGCCUUGAUCUCCUUCGUCGCCCUCGUGCAACUAGUCCGGAUUCAGUUGAGAGUUCCCGAAUACGGUUGGACUACACAGAAGGUUUUCCACUUGAUGAACUUUGUUGUUAAUGGAUUGCGGGCUGUCACAUUCGGAUUAUACAAGACUGUGUUUCUUAUCAGGCCUAAGGCGCUUGAAAUGGUUCUUUUGGAUCUCCCGGGUGUUCUGUUCUUUUCAACAUAUACGUUGCUCGUCCUGUUUUGGGCUGAGAUAUAUCAACAGGCAAGAAGCCUUCCCACCAAUAAGCUUAGGCCAACAUACUAUGCUGUCAAUGGAGCCGUCUACCUCGUACAGGUAUGCAUAUGGAUAUUCAUGAGGCUCACCCAAAACGAAGUUGCAAUCGAAAUUUCUAGGCUCUUCUUUUCAGUCGUUUCAUUCUGUGCGGCUCUCGGAUUUGUGAUAUACGGAGGCAGGCUUUUUGUCAUGUUGAGGCGUUUCCCAAUUGAAUCAAGAGGGCGUCAAAAGAAAUUGUACGAGGUCGGUUGUGUGACAGGAAUUUGCUGCACUUGUUUCCUGAUAAGGUGUUUGGUGGUCUCCAUUUCUGCUUUCAACAAAAAUGCAGACGUCAACACCCUGGACCAUCCCGUCUUGAAUCUCAUAUACUACACCUUGGUGGAGGUCAUUCCCUCAGCAUUGGUCCUGUUCAUCUUAAGGAAGCUGCCACCGAGGCGGGUAUCGGAUCGAUAUCACCCAAUCAGAUGAGCGGCUGCUGGUUGUUCUUUACCCAACAUCAAAUCUAAUUAAGACCCGGUCCGAUUUCAAUACAUUCGAAACCAUCCUAUGGCGGCGGCCUUGCAAAUGGGGAGACAAAAGUGAUCAGUGAUUUUGAUGUUUACACAUUCUGCCGCUCUCCCCAAGCGGGUUCAUGUAAAUCUCUUUCGAGAACUUCUGAUUUAUGGAAGUUUUGGUGGUUGAAGACAGAGACGUAGGAUAUUGAUUUGUUUUCUUACCCUUCGGGUUUCGGCUUCCAAAACACAAGUUCUUGAAUAUAAAGUGCUCUAGAAGGAAUGCGUGUUUUAUCAA